GCGCAUUCCCCUCCCUGCCGCCCAGGAUUGGCCGCUGACGCCGGCUCCGCCCCUAAGGGAGGGCUUGGGCGGCCGCUCUCGGCUCCCUCUCCCCGGCCCGGGCCGGGAGGUGGCGCCCCCGCCCCCGCUGUCAGUGGCCGCGCGACUGCGCGCUCCCUCCUCGAAGGCCGGCGGAGUGAGGGGCUGUGGAGGCUGCCCGAGCGGCCGCCGCCCUCCUGCCCUGGCCCCGGCCCCGGCUCCGGCGCCGACCUCCACCAUGCUCCGGCGGAUCUUGCAGCGGACCCCAGGGAGAGUUGGCUCUCAAGGUUCUGAUUCUGAUUCAUCAGCAACACCUGGAAAUGUCUUGGAUGUCAACAAUGAAGGCUCUUCAGAGGGCUUCAUAUGCCCCCAGUGUAUGAAAUCUCAUGGAUCUGCUGAAGAGCUUUUCAAGCAUUAUCAGGCAGUUCAUGACUCUGGUAGUGAAUCAAGUCAUGGAGGAGAGUCUCUAAAACGAGAAGAUGUGAUACUACUCCGACAAGAGGUCCAAGACCUACAGGCUUCACUGAAGGAAGAAAAAUGGUACUCAGAAGAGUUGAAGAAAGAAUUAGAAAAAUUACAAGGGCAGCGGCAGCAAGAAUUCAAACCUGAUGGAUUGACAGCAGAUUCAUCAGCAGAACUCCAGUCAUUGGAACAACAAUUAGAUGAAGCUCAAACUGAAAACUUUAAUAUUAAACAAAUGAAAGACUUAUUUGAGCAGAAAGCAGCGCAGCUUGCUACAGAAGUUGCAGAUAUAAAGUCAAAGUAUGAUGAAGAAAAGGGACUUCGAGAAGCUGCUGAACAGAAGGUGACAAGCUUGACUGAAGAGUUAAAGAAAGAGACAACUGUAAUUCAAGAUUUAAAGACUGAAUUGCUUCAAAGACCUGGCGUAGAAGAUGUUGCUGUAUUGAAGAAAGAGCUAGUCCAAGUUCAGACCUUAAUGGACAACAUGACUUUGGAGCGUGAGAAAGAGUCAGAGAAACUCAAAGAGGAAUGUAGAAAGCUACAGGCUGAUUGUGCUAACUCAGAGAUCACAAUAAACCAGUUAAGAAGUGAACUUGCUAAAGGCCCCCAGGAAGUUGCCGUGUAUGUACAGGAGCUGCAGAAACUUCAAAGUUCAGUUAAUGAAUUAACUCAGAAAAAUCAGAAUUUGUCUGAAAAGUUACUGAAGAAAGAACAAGAUUACACUCAGUUAGAGGAGAAACAAAAUGAAGAGUAUGUUUGUAAAAAGAAUAUUCAAGCAAACCUUCAUCAAAAAGAACUGGAUUGUCAGCAGCUUCAAUCAAAAUUAUCAUCAUCUGAAGCCUCACUGCAAAGGUUACAGGGAGAGCUUGUGGAAAAGGGGGAAGUGAGCCAGAAGCUCAAGGAGGAAUUGUCAGAAGUAGAGAGCAAGUAUCAGCAUCUCAAGGUGGAAUUCAAACAACUCCAGCAACAAAGAGAGGAGAAAGAGCAGCAUGGUUUUCAACUUCAAAGUGAGAUUAAUCAAUUACACAGCAAACUUUUGGAGACAGAACGACAAUUAGGUGAGGCUCAUGGCAGGCUUAAAGAACAGAGACAGCUCUCCAGUGAAAAAUUGAUGGACAAAGAACAACAAGUGGCUGAUCUACAAUUAAAACUUUCUCGCUUAGAAGAACAGUUGAAGGAAAAAGUAACAAAUUUCACUGAACUGCAGCAUCAGUUAGAUAAAGCAAGGCAGCAACAUCAAGAGCAGCAGGCCUUGCAGCAGAGCACCACAUCCAAGCUUCGGGAAGCCCAGAAUGAUUUGGAACAAGUAUUACGUCAAAUUGGAGAUAAGGACCAAAAGAUUCAAAAUCUUGAAGCCUUGCUACAGAAGAGUAAGGAGAACAUCACAUUACUUGAAAAAGAGAGAGAAGAUCUUUAUGCAAAAAUUCAAGCUGGUGAAGGAGAGACUGCUGUUCUUAACCAAUUACAAGAGAAAAACCAUACAUUACAAGAACAGGUAACUCAACUCAACGAGAAGCUGAAAAACCAGUCGGAAAGUCACAAACAGGCCCAGGAGAAUUUGCACGAGCAGGUGCAGGAGCAGAAGGCACACCUGCGAGCCGCACAAGACCGAGUUCUUGCCCUAGAAGCCAAUAUUAAUGAAGUGACAAGUCAGUUAAAUGAGAGUAGGGAGAAGGUCUCCCAACUUGAUUUACAGAUUAAAGCAAAAACUGAAUUAUUGCUCUCUGCUGAAGCAGCAAAAACUGCUCAAAGAGCAGAUCUUCAGAAUCACUUGGACACAGCGCAGAAUGCAUUGCAAGACAAGCAACAGGAGUUAAAUAAAAUCAGUAAUCAGUUGGAUGAAGUAACUGUGCAGCUGCAUGACAAGCAAGACCACUGUACCCAACUGGAAGCCUCCAUUAAGGAAUUAAAAGAAAAACAGCUCUCUAAUGAGCAAAGAGCUGAAGAAUUAGAGGGACAAGUGAAGAAACUGGAGGUUGAUAUUCUUGAAGCUAAAGCAAGUAAGGAACAAGUUUUACAUGAUCUACAAGAACAAAGGCAGCAGAAUGCAGAAUUAAAUCUCCGAGCUGCAGAGCUGAGUCAACAACUGGAAACUGAGAGAGAAGUUGUCUCUAAUGCCCAUUCGGAUCUACGGAAAAAAAUUGAUGCUCUCGAACAUGCAACACAAAUGCUUUCCAAACAUGAGAAAGAAAAAGCAGACCUUAAGCAAGAACUUCAGAAAUUACAUCAAGAUGCAGAGAAUCAGCGUAAGGAAUUGGAUGGCAAGAUGAAUGCAGCAGUGACAGAUUUACAGCAAGUGAAGGUGGAGCGAGAACGUCUAGCAAAGGAGCUUUCUACAACUAAAGACAAAUUGUCAAAAAUCUCUGAGUCUUUGAAAGUCUCAAAGAAUGAAUUAGAAAAGGAAAAGCAAAAUGGAAAAACAGCUUUGGUAGAAUUGGAAAAGAUUUGCAAGGAACUAAAGCAUCAAGUACAGACUGAAUGUGCUAUGAAGGAAAAGAAUGAACCAAAAACGUUAGCUGAAAAGGAGAAGGAGCAGUUGAAGUUGCCACCCAGUGCUGCAAAGGAACAGGUCUUACAUGUUCAAAAUGAUUCAAAGGAAAAGGAAAAAGAGGAGCAACAACUUCAUGGAAAACUAAAUUCACUAAAGCAAUUACAUGAGCUGAGGAAGAAGCAGAUUGAAGAGCUCCACGAAGAAAUAAAAACUACACUUUUCCAGAAGACAGAACUUGAGAAUAAAUUACAGCAGCAGAUAACUUCAUCAUCCCAGGACCUUGCAGCAGAGAGAGACAAACUAUCAGCAUUACAGAAUAUGUAUGAAAAGAAUCAGGAAAAUCUCAAACAGCUUCAGUCUGACUUAUACGGGAAAGAAUCUGAGCUGUUAGCAACAAGACAAGAUCUCAAGUCUGUAGAAGAAAAGCUCUCCCUGGCUCAGGAGGACUUGAUUUCAAACCGAAACCAACUUGGAAAUCAGAAUAAAAUGAUUCAAGAACUUAAGAGUGCCAAGGCCUCUUUGGAGCAAGAUGUUUCAAAAAAAGAGCAACAGUUACAAGAACAGGGCAAGACACUUCAGUCUAUGCAAAAAGACAAGUCACUGAAAGAAAAAGAACUAGCUAAUGAGAAAUCCAAAUUGAUGGAACUACAAGAAAUUAAGGGUAGGCAGGAAAAAGAAAUUACCAAAUUGAGUGAAGAACUUGGUUCUUACAAACAAGAAAGCCUGAAGGAAAUAACAAAUCUAAAGGAUGCCAAACAGCUGUUGAUACAGCAGAAACUAGAACUUAAGGGCAAAUUAGAUGCCCUGGGUUCAGCUCUUGAACAGGAAAAGAAGAACCAACAAAUAGUAAAAGAUCAGUUGAAAAAGACUGAAGAUGAUCUGAAGAAAGAAUUCAUUGAGAAGGAGGCCAAAUUGAAUGCAGAAAUAAAAGAAAAGGAAGAGAAAAUUAGGAAACAUGAAGAGAAUGAGACUAGACUUGCCAUGCAAGUGACAGCUUUGAAUGAGAAUUUGGGCACAGUCAAGAAAGAAUGGCAGGCCAGCCAACGGAGAGUUAGUGAGCUAGAGAAACAGAUUGAUGACUUACGGGGUGAAAUUGCAGUACUGGAAGCAACUAUUCAAAAUAAUCAAGAUGAAAGGAGAGCAUUGUUGGAAAGAUGUCUUAAAAGUGAAGGUGAAAUAGAGAAACUUCAAGCCAAAGUACUAGAGUUGCAGAGAAAACUGGAUAAUACUACUGCAGCAGUACAGGAAUUAGGCAGAGAAAAUCAGUCAUUACAGAUCAAACAUACACAAGCUUUAAGUAGAAAAUGGGCUGAGGAUAACGAGGUACAGAACUGUAUGGCCUGUGGGAAAGGUUUUUCUGUCACAGUGAGACGGCAUCAUUGUAGACAAUGUGGAAAUAUCUUCUGUGCUGAAUGUUCGGCCAAAAAUGCCUUAACUCCUUCUUCAAAGAAGCCUGUUCGUGUCUGUAAUGAUUGUUUCAAUGAUCUACAAGGAUAACUAGUUAUCAUGUUUAUCAAACAAGAUUACACUAACAUUAGAGUUUUAAUAAAUGCACUUCAUAGAGUACUUGGACUACUAUUUGAUUUGGACAGUGGUUGUAAUACUUGGCAAAAUUGAUAUAUUUUGAAAUGUUUAUUAAUAUCAAGUAAAACUCUUCUAUUUUUGUGAGAUUUGGGCUCAUCAUCUGUUGCUUUCUUUCCACUUACCCUGAAAAUAGCUUUCAUGCCUAGUUUAGAACUAUCUAGUUAAAUGUAAAUAAAUUUUGAACAGAGAAUAUCAAUGUAUUUUUUUAAAACAUAAUUUCAUUGCUUACAGACAUUUAUGUAAUCUCACAGCUUCUUUUCUACUUUCUCCAAAAGCAAACUUACAGAAAUGUACAAGGAUUCAAUAUAGCAAAUGUUUGUUUUUGUUGCACAUUAACAUACUCCCGUGUUUGUAUGCAUUAAAUGUCUUCUCUACAAAAUCAUGCACAGCUCCAUAAAACUUGCCAACUCUGUUUUAUUCUUGUGUCAUUUAUGCCACAGCCCAGUUUUACCUUUUUGAUGUUGUAAAAAUGUUACUUGGGUAUUUUAAAAAUUCUGUCCUAAAUUCAAGCCUGGUUUUUAUGUUAUGCUGUUUCACUUCUGUUAUCCUCAUUUCAUAGGCUUCUGUAAAAUCAGUUCCUUAUUUUGUAAUAGUUCAUGUCCUUGGGGAGAUAUUUGAAAGCUUGAGUAUUUCUUUUAUCUAAAAUGUAUUUUUCUCCUCUUCUUUGUAUUUCUUAGCUCUUCUUCUUGUCUCUCCUAUCCUCCCUCUAAAUAAGGAUUUCAUAAUGUUCUCCUAUUAAUUGAAGAAAAUACAUGAUAUAUUUAUACUAAAUUAUGUUUACUUUCAACUUAAAUCAUCUGAGAUUAAGCAUUUUAUAUAGUUUUUCCUUUUUAAUGUUUCCUGUAAGGAAUAUGAAAUUCUCAAUUCUUUAAUGGUUCAACUUUUUCUCCCUAUUAUUUCAUAUAAUCAAGCAAACUGUAAAUUAGGCAUAUGACUAAUUGACUCUAAAGUCUAAUUGACUUUACAUCUUAAGGCUGGUAAUUGCUAUUGGUAGCUAAUUUAUGGAAAAAUAAGUCACCGCUGAUUAAGUGGUAAAGAAACAUUAUUUUCAGUUAUUUCAUAUUUUCUCCAUGUAAAUUAAUAGAAAAAAUUUAAAGUGAUAAAAUAUACCAGCAAAUUUUGAUUCAGAAUUUAGUUUUCCACUUAGUCUGAGAAAUCUUUUCACCUUGGGAAAAAAAAAAUAAUGUUUUUUGGCUAUCUUGGAGAGAGACAUUAUUGUCCCGAAUAAGUAUAUCAUUAAGUCCCAAAAUGUAUAAUCAGACCUGAAAUAGGAAGCAGCAGAUGGUACAGUGGAGAUGAUGCUCAGCUGUCUUUGAUACUUGAGUUCUGGCUCUCAGCUCCUGGACUGGAGGGGGAACUCAAGCAAAUUAUUUAAUCUCUCUGGGCUUCUAUGACCUAUCAAUAAAACAAAUAGGAUAAAUUCAAUGCUCUUGCUGAUUUUACAAGCCUAGAGGAAGUCUCCCAAUACUUUGGAAACUAAAGUGGACCUUUAAUAUAUUACCUUGUUUUUAUGAGUUUGGAAAAUAUGAAAUUUCCAAAGUAAGUUGAAGUUAGCUUUGGUAAUAGAUAUUUUCUAAAAAAGGAAGUGAGCAUAGUGGGUAGAGUGCUGGACUUGGGGAGAAAUAUGAACUCAAGUUUUCUCCCCGUCUGACCCUGGGCAAAUCAACCUCUCUUAACUGCAGCUUCUCAUAAUAUGAUGGGCUUACACUCCGUGGCUUCUAAGGUCUCUUCCAGGUCUUAAUCUGUGAUCCUGUAAUAUGUAGCAAUCAGAUAAAAGGUAAAUUAUUGAUAGUUAGGAAAAUAGAUCUAAGCAGUUUUUUUUUUUUUUCAGUCACUAUUUUCUAGGUUUGUUUUCAUAUAUCAUGCCAUAAAUGACAUUACAUAUAUUUGAAGUAUAUACUGUAAAGGAGUAUAUUUUUGCUUAGUUGUUAAUGGAAUCAUGCAUGUAAAUCCUUUUGUCAAUAGUAAUUAAAUAUAUUGAACUAAUCCCCUGAAAAGGAGACAAGCUAAGUGCUCAGGCACAUAUGACAAAGAAAAUGAAUUUCUUGUCAAGAAAGACAGAUUGAUUACAGAACUACUUACUCUGAAUAGUUGAGUUAAAAUGGAUUUUUUUGAAAAUUUUCCAAGUAGUUUUCCCUUUGAUAGCUAUAACCAAUACAUACACAGUGAUGUUGAUUUAUUGUGUUAAAUGCAAACAAAAGCACACAACAUCACUGUUGGCAUAGUUUUUUAGAACAAUAAAUAUCCUCAGGAUUAGAUUUUUGGUUCCCUUUCUCCUUUGCUAUGGGAUUUACUGAAUGUCUUUUCCCUUUCCACAAGGUAAAUAAUACGAAGACUAUUAAAGAAAGGCUUUUAAGUGUUUAAUAUGACUGUGUUUCUCAUUUCCAUUAAUGUCAUAAGAUCCUUCAUGCUUUCUCCUGAGUUAGUAAUGCUGAUGUUAUCAUUACCCCAUUGCUUUCUGCUCUUAAUUCACAACCCUAAGAUGUUUUGACAACAAAAGGAAAUUUUCCCUUUAAAGAAAAUUAAAAUGUGUUCGUAGGCUACAUAUUCCAAAUGUAGCUGGUAGGCUCCAUUCUUGUGUCUGAGUUAAGAGCUGGCAGGUCCAGAUCUGUGAUUUGGCAGUAAUGCAAAGCAGCCUGGAAAAUUUCAAAUCCAGACACAGAAAAGAUAUUUAAAAAAAAAAAAAAAAAAAAGGGCAGACCUU